AAAGUCCUCAGCUGAUUGGUGGAUAUAGAAUGACGUCAUCACGUACAGCGGGACGGCUCGAAGAGGAUAAACAAAAAGGAAGGAAGCUUGAGGUAAACAAUCGCGGCAAAAUUGGUUCAAAACUGCCAUAUAGGCUACAGUUAGCCCCCUUAUGAACCCGGUAUUUGUUGCUUAAGUAUUUUUCGUUUUGCGGACACAAUCAUGGAAGACUCGUUGCUGUUUCGUAUGAGUGCAUUUUCCGAACAAGGAGGGAGAAAAUACAUGGAGGAUGUUGUCGAAAUAAGAAUCGAGUACGAGCCCACGGCGUCAUCAGUGGAAGAUUAUCCAAAGUCGCAGAGGGAUGGAGGAACGGGGAAGAUGGAGGAUGAAGCCGCAAAGCAGCCCGUGGAAGCGCGUGGUGGUCCCGCCGAAUCGGGACCCGCGACCGUGGCGUGGGUGCAGAGUCUAUCCAACGAGGACAGCUGCAGCAUCAGCUCCCCGGUGUCCAACCAGCAGCAAUGCGCGGAGCAGACUGUUGACACGCGCAGGUCCGUGGCCUUUUUCGCCGUUUUCGACGGUCACGGGGGUCGCGAGGCGGCACAUUUCGCCAGCGAGCAUCUGUGGGGUUUGCUGAAGAGACAGCGGGGCUUCUGGUCGAAGGAUCCCAGCGAGGUGUGCGCAGCCCUCCGGAAAGGAUUCAUCGCCUGUCACCACGCGAUGUGGAAAGAGCUACCGACAUGGCCAAAGACUAUUACUGGCCUGCCCAGUACGUCUGGGACCACGGCGAGCGUUGUUGUGAUUCGUGGAGUUCACAUGUACAUCGCUCAUGUGGGAGAUUCGGCAGUCGUGGUUGGCGUGAAAGAGAAUGACUCUGAUAUUACCCUGCAAGCCCUUGAAGUAACACAAGAUCAUAAACCGGAGCUCCCUAAAGAAAAAGAGAGGAUAGAACGGCUGGGUGGCAGUGUGAUGAAGAAGUCUGGGGUGAAUCGUGUCGUCUGGAAGAGGCCCCGACUGACCCAUAACGGCCCGGUGAGGAGGAGCACGGUCAUAGACCAGAUUCCUUUCCUGGCUGUUGCCCGAUCUCUAGGGGAUUUAUGGAGCUAUGACUUCUACAGCGGGGAGUUUGUCGUUUCUCCAGAACCGGACACCACUGUGAUGACCCUUGAUCCCAAACGCCAUCGCUACAUCAUUCUUGGCAGUGAUGGCUUAUGGAAUAUGAUGCCACCCACAAAUGCUGUCAACAUGUGCUACAAUCACGACAAAAUGGUGGGACCCAAGGGGAUGUCUUGCGCACGGAGGCUGGGCUGCACGGCUCUGCUGUUCUGGAAGGACCGCAUGCUCCGCGCAGAUAACACCACCGUCAUCGUUCUGGCCUUGCAGGAGCGUGAAGCUGCACCCAUACCGAUGCACCGAGAUGAGAUUCUCGUGGACAUGGCUUCUGGAAUUGAUCGAAUUCCUUUCCCCGGAACAACUUACAACACGUGCGAAGUCCAGAAGAUAAGCGAUCCUGUGACUGCUCCAUCCACAUAUAACGAUAGCUCAGGAACUCUGCUGCAGGCGUUCGGCUUAUACGAGGCCGCUUUCAGUGCCACCACUCAGCUCUUACCCCAAGCAGACUCUGUGAGCGCCUCACUGCCCCACCUGGAGGUUUCACCCAACGUUUUCGAAAAGCAAGACGAAACAACCUUGGUAGACUGCGCCCUCGUUGCUCCACCUUUCAAGAGGCCCCGUCGCUCCUCCUUGAGAACCUCAGAACCCAAAUCUCCUCAUCAGAAACCCAUCAAGUCCUCUAAUAAGGGGUUUUCUGCAACAACUCUGCCCGAACAGGUGCCUCGCUCUGCUGAUCGAAGCGCAGUAACGAGCUCACCCGAAGAAGGCGACAUCCUAGCGCAGCACCAAAGCUCCACUCUGUGCGUGUGCUGAAUGUCACAGGCUCCCUCUUACAUGUACAUUUUUUUAAUAUAAAGUCUUUGUAACUACGUGAGACAUGGGUAUUGUAAAAUGUGUUGCUGUGUUUUCUUUUUGUUCUUUGAGUAUACAAUUUUAAAUCUUGGAAUAGCCAAUUUCAAUCUAUUUUCCUAAGUAUUUAUGGUAUAUCCAAAUGUGUAUUUUCAUUUAUUCAUUAACUUUGGUUAAACUGAAGUAGAAUUGAGGCUUUAAAUGGGCUUUUUGUAGAUAUAUGUUACUUUGCUAAGGAGAGAUUUUAUGUACAGCCUCUCUUCGGUAUGGCUAUUUGCUUAAGAUAGAAAGAAAAUAGCCAUACUCAAAUCAUCUUAAAACACAAGAAAAUUUGAGUUCUUGGGGGGAAAAUGUGCAUCCAUACCAUUGUUGGUUGGUUUUUAUUACAUCAUAAGAAGUUUGAAACAUACAUUGUGCAUCCUGGGGAGUAUCAACAGCUAAAGGUGUAUUUUAUUAAGCGAUUUAAAUUUUAAAUUGUGCUUUCCUAAGCGCCUUCGCUAAGUUAUUGAUUUUUCUAAAUGAAUAAAUCUGAAUUCAUGCUGUAAUAACACUAAUUUUACUUGUUGUCAUAGGAUAAGAACUUUUUGGCCUUAGUGGACGUCAGCACCUUAAAAAACAAUGAUUACCUGCUCAGUGCACAACUUCAGCGUGUCUUCCGUUACAGUUUCCAAUGGAGUCGUUUGCAGCCAUACGUGUGCUUUAAUCUGCCAUCCACUCAAGUCACUUGAGAGGGGUCAAAAGUUGUGCAUUUGUGUUCAUAUGGCAGCUCAGUUCAACCACUUUUAUGGGUUUUUUGUGUUUGUUUUUUUCCAAAUAUCGUUGCCUUAACACCAAUCAGUGUGAGGUACUGUUCAUAAGCAGGACCUAGAGGAUGAGGACGGGGAAUUAUCCCAACGUUGGAGUGAUUAUGGUGCGGACUUCAUGCCCACGUCAGUCAUGCCUCUUCAGUUUGUUCCGUUGUGUGAGUUUUACUCCCCUUCUGCGUGCUCCAUCUUACUUCUGUUUUGCACAUUUUCUUUUUGUAUAUUUUGUCAAUAUGCAAUGAAAGUUUGUACAGUACCAAAUUAUGCAAAGAAUCGGAGAUUCAGAAUAGUCACAAAGAGGAACGUGAAGUGCUGUGGCAGUCAUGCAUUGAUCAGACUUUAUAUCCUCUGCAUCCAAUGUUCAAGUCUUACUGUAAACGUUGCAGUCUUCAAGUGGCUUGACCUGUUACGUAUGUCUUGCAAUAAAAUUCCUAUUUUGGAAA